UUCGGUGCCAUACUUCGUUCAAAACUAAAAGCUAACACUUUGAUUAAUCCGAACAAACGGCACCGAAUGAUUGGUACGUAGCUUCCCUCAACAACACAUUCAUUCACUCAUCAUCGCCAUUCAGAUUCCCAUUUCCAUUUCUUCCCUAAUUUUCACAUAGCUAUGUAUCUCUUUUACUAUCUUCAAUUCAAAAAACCAUAAUCAUUUAUCUAUUUACCAAUAAUCCACCUCUUUUAGUUCAUAUUUUACAUAUUCUUCUUCUACAUAAUCAUUAUCAUCAUAUUCUUUUAUUCAUGUUCUAAACCGACUCAAUUAUAGACUCGCUGAGUCACCUCAUCGAAUCGUAUUUUCAAUUCAAACCACCAUGUCGACGACAAGGUCUCCGAGCCGUUCCUCAGAGGACAUCGUCGAUUCAACGCCGUUUAUUGCAAAUUCCGGCGGCUCCUCCGACGAAAUCAACGCCGGUCGUCGAUUUGCUCGUAGACAGAGGCUUCUUCAAGCGGCGAGGUUUCUCCGUCAAGCAAGCGGCCGUAGAAUGAUGCGCGAACCCUCUGUGGUUGUUCGAGAAGCUGCGGCGGAGCAAUUGGAAGAAAGGCAAAGCGAUUGGGCUUAUUCGAAACCGGUUGUGAUCCUCGACAUCGUUUGGAACUUCGCUUUCGUCGUCGUGGCUGCAACCGUUUUGUUUUUGAGCCGAAGUGAAGUACCGGAAAUGCCCCUGAGGUUGUGGAUUGCGGGGUAUGUUCUGCAAUGUAUUCUUCACAUGGUGUGUGUUUGUUUUGAGUAUAAGAGAAGGAGACGGUACCAGCGUUCUUCAUCUUCCUACGCAGUAGCAGGUUCAGAUAGGGUUGUUACUAGUAGUGGUAAUUUGAGUUCAGCUUCAAGGGAAGUUUCUCGUUCUGCUUCUGGUUCAAGUCAGUAUGUUUCAUUGGCUCAAUUUGAUGAAGAGAGUACUAGCAGUGUUGCAAAGCAUUUGGAAUCAGCCAAUACUAUGUUUUCAUUUGUUUGGUGGAUUAUUGGAUUCUACUGGGUAUCAGCUGGUGGUCAAGCUUUAGCCCAAGACUCUCCCCAGCUUUACUGGUUAUGUAUAAUCUUUCUUGGUUUUGAUGUUUUCUUUGUCGUUUUCUGUGUUGCACUCGCCUGUAUCAUUGGUAUCGCUGUUUGCUGUUGUCUUCCAUGUAUCAUUGCACUUCUUUAUGCUGUUGCAGACCAGGAAGGGGCAUCAAAGGAAGACAUUGAGCAGUUGUCAAAAUUCAAAUUCCAAAGAGUUGAGAGUAAUGAUAAACAAACUGGUAAUAUUCAAGGACCUGUUGGAGGAAUAAUGACUGAAUGCCGGGCUGAUUCACCUAUUGAACAUGUUCUAGCUGAGGAGGAUGCGGAAUGUUGCAUCUGCCUUUGUUCUUAUGACGAUGGAGUUGAACUAAGAGAACUUCCUUGUGGUCACCAUUUUCACUGUGCCUGUGUGGAUAAAUGGCUGUAUAUUAAUGCUACAUGCCCCCUCUGCAAAUAUAACAUCUUGAAAAGUAGUAACCUCGGUCAAGAGGAAGUGUAGAUGAUCUCAGAAAAGUUUGUAGAUGCCAUUUUGAGGAAUCCGCAUACUUUUUUAUCGCUUAUAAUAGGCACAACAUGUCAAUACUUCUCCGUACAUGCCUAUGCAAUUGUCAUUGUUGUUGCAUCUUUGUGUUGUUAUAAUGUAGCGAUAGUUGCUUUGAGUAUUUGUAGUUAUUGUGGAUUCUAACUGUUUGUGUAUAUCAGAGUUGUUCAGUGCGUUCCGGCUAUAAUUAUCUCAGAGCCAAUCCAGUUCUCAUUUAUAUUUUUUGUUUAUUGUUGUGAUUAUUAAUGUUGUACAUGAGACCUAUAAUGUCUGGUCUAAGCCAUUGUAUAAUGGGUCUAUCAUGUCUCUGAAUAUGUUUAAAAAAUGUUCAGUACAACUUACUCAAGUUUAUAUAACGGGGGUACUUGUGGUACACCAAAUUAGUUUGUGUGAUAUUGUAGAUUUGUGA